UGAAUGACAACCUACCGUCACUGAAUGACCACCUACCGUCACCCAGGGGCACCUACCGUCACUGAAUGACAACCUACCGUCACUGAAUGACCACCUACCGUCACCCAGGGGAACCUACCGUCACUGAAUGACCACCUACCGUCACCCAGGGGCACCUACCGUCACUGAAUGACCACCUACCGUCACCCAGGGGCACCUACCGUCACUGAAUGACCACCUACCGUCACCCAGGGGAACCUACCGUCACUGAAUGACCACCUACCGUCACCCAGGGGCACCUACCGUCACCCAGGGGCACCUACCGUCACUGAAUGACAACCUACCGUCACUGAAUGACAACCUACCGUCACUGAAUGACAAACUACCGUCACCCAGGGGCACCUACCAUCACUGAAUGACAACCUACCAUCACCCAGGUACACCUACCAUCACUGAAUGACAACCUACCAUCACCCAGGUACACCUACCAUCACUGAAUGACAACCUACCAUCACCCAGGUACACCUACCAUCACUGAAUGACAACCUACCCUCACCCAUGGACACCUACCGUCACCGAAUGACAACGUACCAUCACCCAGGGACACCUACUGUCACCGAAUGACCACCUACCAUCACUGAAUGACAACCUACCCUCACCCAGGGGCACCUACCAUCACUGAAUGAUAACUUACCCAGGGACACCUACCCUCACACAGGGGUACCUACUGUCACUUAAUGACAACCUACCCUCACCCAGGGACACCUGCCCUCACUGAAUGACAACCUAUCCUCACCCAGGGACACCUGCCCUCACUGAAUGACAACCUACCCUCACCCAGGGACACCUGCCCUCACUGAAUGACAACCUAUCCUCACCCAGGGACACCUACCAUCACUGAAUGACAACCUUCCUUUUAAAGUUACCUACCAUCACUAAAGGAGACCUACAUCACUGAAUGAGAUUUUUGAACACUGAAUGACACCUACUGUCAAUGAAUGAGACCUACCAUCACUGAACGACAAUUCCUGCUAGGGCAACCUACUGUCACUUGCAUUGCAUUUUAUAGACUACUAUUAGAAAAUAUCAACAUGCGCCUUCUUACUAGUUUAGCCUUAUAAUAAUUUCAUUGAAAUCCCUCUGCAUCUCAGAGACCUUCUUCAUAUCUUCAUUAAAAUCCCUUUACAUCAAUUAGACCGUCUUCAUACUUCCACCUCUUAGACUGCCUUUAUCGAAAUUCCACCACUUUGCUGAGACCAACUUUAUAGUUCAAAUUCGUAAACUGCCUUCAUUGAAAUCCCACCACAUCCCUUAAACCUUUAUAGAUCAACCUCCUAAACUACCUUCAUUGAAAAUCCACCACAUCAUUUAAACCCUCAUAGUUGUACCUCCUAGACAACCUUUGCUGAAAUCCCACCUCACUACUGAGACCUUUCUCACCCAGGGCAACCUCAUAGACUGCCUUCAUUAAAAUCCCACCACAUCAAUGAGACCUUUAUACUUCAAUCUCCUAGAAUAUCUUUGUUGAAAUCCCACCACAUCACUAAGAGCUUCAUACUUCAACCUUCUAGACCACCUUCAUUGAAAAAUCCACCACAUCACUUAUACUUCAGCCUCCUAGACGAGCUUCAUUGAAAUCCCACCACAUCACUAAGAGCUUCAUACUUCAACCUUCUAGACCACCUUCAUUGAAAAAUCCACCACAUCACUUAUACUUCAGCCUCCUAGGCGAGCUUCAUUGAAAUCCAACCACAUCACUGGAUGAGAUCUUUCAAGGUUUGCCUCAUAGACAAAUAAAAUUCAAUCAGACCAUUCAUUGGCCCAAAGAAAAGAACCACUUUCACUAUUUCUCACAGAUUUCUUUCACUGAAAGCCCAACACAGCACUGGCUGAGACUUUUUCUUUUUUUGAGGGGAAAAAAAUCAACACACCUACUGAGACCUUACUGCUAGCUGACCCAGAAGGCUGACAUUGACACAAAUGUUCCACAUGAUGCAGAGACCUUCCUCUUAACUGUAAAAAUAUUUUUUGUUUUGUGUUUUUCUUUUAGCUGGAUCUGUGAACUCAUGCACCUACCAUAAAAUUUCUAAGACAAGUUCAGGCUCACAAACUACUUUUAUCAGAAAACUCACACCGUUCCCUCUCUGUUUCAAAGAAAAGCCAACACACCACAAGCAGAUACAUUCAUCCCAACAGACCCUCUUCAUUCACUGGCAGACUGAGACCAAAAAUAAGAUUGUCCUGUGUUUUAUUUAUGGGUAGGUAGUUAUUUUUGUUAGUACUAAAAUGAAAGACCUAGAAUAGAUGGCUUCAUGUCUGUAUGGUGUUCUGGAAUGCUGGCUAAUUAUCCAAAUGUGGAAUAUCACUCCAGAGAAAUGCAAAUUCUCUUAACUACUGAACUAAGCACAGGAAGCCCACAGUGACAGAUCCACGGAGAAUCCUGCAACAACCAACAAACAGGAAUUAUUUGAUAUUUUGUUUUAGGACAGUGGUUGUCAUAUCAACCUUUCUUGGAUUACAUUUUGUUUCUCUAUCCAAAGAACAGGAUUCCACAUUAAAGUUGUCACAUCUGAGUCCUUCCACCAAAAACAAUUCCUUCUUGUUUAAUCUUCUCUGCAGACAGGUAGGUUUAGGAUUAAGUGGGAGUCCAGCCCAUGACCUGCUAACUGUUCACAGAACCACCAGCACUUUAAAAGAGCACUGGACUAUUACUCUUGAGAUGGUUAAAGGUGACUUUCCCAUGAGAGAAACUGCAAAUCUCAACCUUCGGGAUAAAAUCAAGAGAGGAUAUCAUCAUAGUAAAUGUGAUCACUAAACCUUCUUCCACACUUUGGAUCAACUUUGUUCCAUCUUACGUUUAAGUUAAGACUAAUUUUCUGUUCAUCUCAAACUUCUUUAAGCAGCGAAAUACAAUGAACCUCAAACCGGCUGAUUUCCACUCCCUAAGUACACUAGUUAAAGAGGAGAUCGCUGCUGUUGGACUGCAAAGCAGAGGUGUUUUUUAUUUGUGAAAUAGAGGUUAUAAGGACUUUAUUUUACUUUAAGGCAGGCUGGCUUCUGGGACAAAUGUGGAAACCAUCAUACUUUUUUGGGACUAGGAAAAGUCUUUUAUUAGGGAUCUCAGGACACAUGGCAUUUCUAAGUGGCCCCCGGCUGCUGGACUGGGCCAGCUCUCCCCCACAUCUCCAAUUUAAUAAGUUUGUGCUGACAGGCUAUCGUCCUGUGGCCAAUGGAGCAGAAUGUAUGAGGAGUCUCUUCUACCUGCACAAUGAGCUGGGAAACAUCUACACACAUGAGCUCUUCUAGGAUGUAAAGAACUGAACGGGGACGGAAGUCCAGCAGUGUUCGCAAUGUUGAGUGUCCGAUUUUAGUUCCAUGCUCUCGACGAGCAAACACCACAGCCUGCGUUCUCGUGAACAAGAUGGCCACCACCAUGUGUUUGUCCAUACGAACAGCGGCCACCCAGAUGAACACUUAGAACACGGAGGAAUACCGCUCCUGGGUUUCCUCUUCUUGCUUCCUCUACAAAUUCAAUGGCGUCAGCUGUCAGUGCCAUGGCUUGGUGUGGUACAUUACCUGGCAUGUGUUAGCCCUCAACUAGGCAGUGUCCUGUAUCAUCUCUUCAUGAACCAUCAUGGGGGGGCAACAGUCUAUCGCAAACUGCUAACUCUCGACAUGUGUGGAAUCUGCCUGGUUAACACACUGGGUGCCCUUCCAAUCAUUUACUGUACUCUACUCUGCUAUCCAGCUACUCGGAGCCUGGCCCUCCUGACGUACUCUGCCUUGUCCAGUUAUGUCAUUUUCUGUGCAGUUAGUGCUCACAGUAACAUUAGCCGCCUUUGUUCAUUUACCUGGCAGGCUGCCUUCCGCUUUUAUUUUUUCUAUCUGCGCUGGGCAGGGCUGGGGUCUGGACACCCCUCCUCAUUACGCUGCUACCUCCUCAUGGAUGGUCUUGCCCUGCUUGGGGGAGUUAUCAACAUUUCCCGCCUCCCUGAAAGAUUGCGUCCAGGCAAAUUUGACUACUGGUGUAAUAGCCACCAAAUUAUGCAUGUCCUGGUGGUGAUAAGCAUUCUGUAUCUGCACUGGGGUGUGACUUCUGACCUCACCUGGAUUAGCAGUCAUUCCUGCCCGCUGGAGUGAAGCUAAGGUCCCUUUACCUAGAUCUGGUUAAUUGUAGUUAAGCUCAGUCUUCAGAAGAAUGGUGAAUUGAAGACGUGAGCUAGCAGAGCUGGGAAUCCAAGCUCUAAAAAUCCUCUAGUGGCCCUCUACUCCAACAAGGAAAUACAACCUAUUCCUUACUUAGAAAAGCUUAACAGAUAGAUUUUCUGUUUAACAGAACCAGUUUGUGGAGUAGAAAGAUGCUUCGGGCAGAGAGGAAGGUACAGGGAUGUGUAAUGGAUCCCACCUGAACUAUGGGACAGAUCAGUAUUGUCACUAACACAUGGAUCUCUGCUGGGAGAGUGCCAAUACCUCAUCACUUAUUUCCUAAAGUAAGGCCCACUGCAAGAUGGGAAAAGCUUAGUUUGAAUUGCUAUUUCUUAAAUUUGAAUCUGCUGCUGCAAGUUACAUGGCCAUUUAGUGGGCAGUUUACGGACAUUGGUAAUGUUCCGAGCCAAAUACCCACCCCCAUAAGCAUGUCUGUGUUCUUCAGGACUUAUUGGGUUUGUGAAAUAUGCUGCUUUUUACCCUGUGAGUGAGAUCAGAGAUUCUCCCAUUUACCAAGAGAUUUAUACUCACUGUGCUAAUUUCAGCCAGUGAUUCUAGUUUAUGAAAUGCCCAUCCACACUACAUCUUCGUUAAAUCCUUAAUGACAGGCUCAGAGCUCUAGGGACAGCUCCGACUUCCCAAAGGUGACAAAGACCGCCAGAACAUUGGGAAGAACCUAAUACAAGGUUUCUGCAGCAAUACAGUAUGUUACGUUAUAUAGAUUACGUUCUAAGAAUGUAUUCCCAAGCAAAUGCCAUGCACAGCUUGAGUUGUGCCAGAAAAAGGCCAAGAAAACCCAAACCCAAAACACUACUUUUUAUCGGUUUCAAAUAUACGUUUAAUAAAUUGGGGAAAAUGGAUUAUUGAAAGUUGCAGAAUUCUGCCAAACAUAUUCCAUUUCCUCAUCAUUUCUCUCCGGUGCCCUAAAUGAACCCUCUGUUGGGAUAUGUGUACUCACUGUCCAAGUGUCAUUUCCAUUGAUUUUACUAUUGAAAGUAAUGAUCUUGUUUGGUACGAGUUGGGCCUGUUGGCCUGGGCUUUGCACGAAGCCUAUAGUAUUAUUAAUGCAAUAAUAAAACUAGAAAUGGUUUCUUACAUA